CGUAGAGCUUGGCGCAGUUGGAGCGAGAGAGAGGGAGAGUGUUUGCGUGAGAGAGACGGCGAGAGCGAGUGUGAGACCUCGAGGCGAAACCUACAAAUGUUCAGACGGUUCUGUUCUUCCGUGGAGAGUGGAGGUCGCAUCCCAGCGCUCUUCUUUCCGCAGACACACUCCUCGGCGACGUUACCGCACGCACGCACGUCGGGAGCUACGAUAACUUAUCUGUAGUUCACGUGUAAACAACAACAACAACAACAACAACAACAGAAACGUACCUUCUUGGGUGUGCAACGCUUGUGUUUUGACUUACGAUCGGCCUCAGCGUUUUUUUCUCGGGAGAAGAAUUGUGCGUUUCGGUUUUUCGCCAGUAAAAAAUUCGAAACGGUGUGCGAACCAGCAUCCGCGACGGUCGCACGGGAAAGAGCGGAGCAGUCCGAGAUUCGAAAGAGCGCGCGCGACGGCAACACGCGAUUCGUUGAGCCGCACGGCACAAGGCAGCCAGUGAGCGCCAGCCGAGCCGAGAGCGAGAGAGACGGAGAGCGUUCGGGGGAGAGAGAGAGAUAGAGGGAGCCAGUCUACUCGGAGCGCGCGCGCGCUCCCUAGGAAGGGGCAAAAGUGACAGUGUGCAUUCAGUUCUGGUUCGGACUUGGUGACGGACGGUCGUGUGUGUUUGCGUCUGCGCUCCUGCACACGCAUCGUCGUACACGGCACAGCCGGACCCCUACGCAUCAGCAGCAUUGAUAUUACGGAGAGAACAACAACGAUAAGGAUUAUCCAGUGUUUAUCCGUACUACGGCCACAGCUUGCUGUCGUCUCACUCCCAGCCUACGCAGUACCAGCCCGUGGUUAUGAACGUUCGACAGUCGGCGCUUGGGACUCCUAGGAAGCAACUGAACUGUGCGGUUUUUUCGAGAGGUGCAGGUGAAGGUGCAUCAGCUCUCGUUUGGGAACAAUAAUCGCGCUCGAAUGACUCUCGUGGUGUUAGCGUACGUGCCAGUAGCGCUUGAUGUGUCGGGCGCCAGACUCUGUCGUCAGUUCGCGUGACGGACGACGCGGGUUCCACCAGUAAGAGCAGCGGCACCAGCAGCGGACCAAAUCCCCGGAUUCAGCAGUUGAUAGCGAGGCAACGAGAGGAAGAGGGAUAUACUAGCGCAGAGCUAGUAUAAGAAGCGGAAGGAGAAUACUUGUCGUGGCGCAGGUCUGUAAAAAAAGUCAGUCAAGCUGUACGGGCACAGGGAAGAAGACAUGCUCACGAUGGAGACGGACCUGAAGGGCGGCAGCCUGCACGGUCAGAUGCCGCCGCACCCGCACCAGGGUGUCUCGCCAAUGGGCCAUCACGGGGGGGUCGUCUCGCCGUACGGCGCCCUCGGCUCGCUGGUACACAGCCCGGCGCUCUCGGGCAGCCCGCCGAGCAGCGGCCUCGGCUCGCUCAGCUCGCUCCAGCACCACCACCAGGCGCCCCAGCACCACUACGCAUCGAUGCACCAGGCCGUCGCCGCGGCCGCGGCCCAGCAGCAGGCCCAACAACAGGUCCAGCAGCAGCAGCAGCAGCAGGCCCACUCGCAGCACACGCAGAGCAUGCACUCGCUCGCCCAGCAGCAGCAACAGCAGCAGCAGCAGCAACAGAGCGCCGUGCAGCAGCACCACUCGCAUCAGCAGCAACAGCAGCAGCAGUCGCAGUCGCAGCACCAGCCGCCAAACAACAACAACAACACCAGCAAAAACAACAACAAUGACCGGGUCAAGAGGCCGAUGAACGCGUUUAUGGUGUGGUCGCGGGGACAGCGCAGGAAAAUGGCCCAGGAAAACCCUAAGAUGCACAACAGCGAGAUCUCGAAGCGGCUGGGCGCCGAGUGGAAGCUGCUUGGCGAGACGGAGAAGCGGCCGUUCAUCGACGAGGCCAAGAGGCUGCGCGCCUUGCACAUGAAGGAACACCCAGACUACAAGUACAGGCCGCGUCGCAAGACCAAGACCCUGCUCAAGACGAAGGACAAGUUCCCCUUGGGCGGCGGAGUCGCCGGCGUCGGUGGCAUGCUCGGUGUCGACCAGCGCCAGGUCGGCGCGGGCCAGCCCGGCCCCGGCCAGCAGUCUCAGCUGAGCCGCGAGGUCUACCAGAUGCCCAACGGCUACAUGCCCAACGGCUACGCCAUGAUGCACGAUCCGACGACGGCGUACCAGCAGCACUACAACAACCACAUGAACGCCGCCGCGGCGGCCGCCGGCUACCCGAGGUACGACAUGGGUCACCACCUCGGCGGCGGCUCGCCCUCGCCCAUCAACAGCUACAUGAACGGCUACGGCGGUUACGGGCCCACCACCGUGCCCGGAGGCUCGCCCUCGCCGUAUCACCAGCCCCAGCCGGGCUCGCAAAUGUCCAGCCACAGCCCAUCGGGCAGCAGCAUCAAGAGCGAGCCUACGAGUCCGGCGAGCGCGGGCAUCCACACGCCGACGCCUAGCGGGCCCAGCUCGUCGACCGGGCCCCCCGUCAAGCGCGAGUACAUGAGCCAGUCGCAGCAGCAGCAACAGCAGCAGCAACAGCAGCAGGGCGACCUCCAGCAGAUGAUCUCGAUGUACAUGGGCGGCGACCAGAACGUCAUGCAGCACGGAGUCUACUCGCCGGGGCCGUCGCCCGACCCGCUCGGACAGCACCAGUCGGUCAUACCGCCUCUCACCCACAUGAUGGCUUAGAGAAGGACGGCUGAAUGAACGAGGCCUGAGACCCCGAGAAACUGACUCAGAGACGGAGAAAGAGAAUAAGUAGAAAAAGACCCGAGAAUUUGAGACAAAAAAGCUCUCCCUCUCGAGAGAUUUUCGCUUAUUGCACACGUGGGGGUCCGCGGGAUGAUGUCGCCGCCGCCGCAGUCGUCGUCGCCGGUUCACGGUUUUUUUCGCCAAAAACGGGAAAAGCCGUGACACACGAGCAGCUAGAGAGACACGCACACACGAGCCAGCGAGGAUAAUAUUCUCAAGGAGAAAGAAAGUACGCCUCAAUAAUCGGACACGAGUUGAGGGAGACACAAAGGGAUCCAUCUCACCACUGAACCACAGACUACUCUACAUCAGAGCCUCUAUCACAUCACCGAGAAUAAAACUAGAAACGACAAGCUUUUUUUUGCCGCCCGAAAUCUAACUCGUUUGUAUAUUGGA